AUGGAACAUUAUCAUUCCUCCCCUUCCAAGAAGAUGGUGCGUCUCUCCAACUUUCUUUCUCUGUGUUUUUGUUUCAAUCAAUUUGUUAAGUAUCAUGAUAUUGGUAGCAAGAUGGAGCGUAAUAAAGAAAGACUAGAUGUGGUUGCAAAUGAGAAAGACAGGUACCAUUUUGAUCUUGAUGGCAAGAGUGGAGAACCAGAGCGACAGGAAGCUACUCCUUUAUUUGAUGUUUCAAGAGAGACUGAAAGCCUUGGCAUUUUGCCACAUGGAAUUGGGAGAUUAAGCAACCUCCGCACAUUAAGCAAGUUUAGUAUUGGUGAGAAUGGGGAAGGAUGUAAUGUUGGAGAACUAAAAAACCUCAAUCAUCUCAGAGGGCAUCUUGAAAUAAGUGGGCUAGGGAAGGUCCCUGAUGUGAAUGAAGUGACAGAGGCAAACUUGAAGAAUAAGGAGCACCUACGCAGUUUGGAUCUAGCAUUCUCAUUCGGAGUGCAAGAGGUCAUCACAAAUGUUAUUGAAGCUUUGCAACCACAUCCUAACUUGGAAGUUUUACUUGUUUAUGACUACGGUGGAUCAAUUUUCCCUAGCUGGAUGACAUUGCUUACAAAGCUGAAAGAUUUGAAACUCCUCAGCUGUUUUCUUGGUAGAUAUCCUGUCACAGAUCAAGAUUCUGUUACAGAAUCAAUUAUUCUAUUCCCAAAGUUGAAAGAACUCACCUUUCGCUGUAUGGUGGAGUGGGAAAACUGGGAUACAACUACAACCUCGGCUGCAACAACAAGGACAAUGCCAUAUCUACGCUCAUUAUCGCUUUAUGAUUGCCCGGAGCUUAAGUCAAUACCAGAAGACCUCAAGCAGAGGCCGCUGGAGGAAUUGAGCAUCACCAGGUUAUACCAGGGGCUCGAAGCCUGUUCAACUUUGGUCCUUCUGACCAAUCCAUUGAGCGCCGCCCAUGUGGGCAAGCGACCAAGCCUGCUUUUUGCAAAAUUUUCUAGGUACAAGAAACCUUUAACAAAUAUAUGUACAUUGGUCAGGUCUUAG